AAUCAAUCACAAUGGGUGACGCAGAGAUCAAGGCAUCAUCUUGGAGACUGGUCGAGGUCGGCCGUGUCUGUCUCAUUCACGGAGGUCCUUCAGAUGGAAAGCUCGCAGCUAUCGUUGAGAUCAUCGAUCACAAGCGCGCUCUCAUCGAUGGUCCAUCAACAAAUACCAAGACUGCUGUCCCCCGUCAAUCGAUUCCUCUCGCACAACUCAUCCUCACACCUCUUGUUCUCGAGAAGCUGCCCCGGGGUGCACGAACUGGUGCGGUAAAGGCGCAAUGGGAGAAGGCCGGUAUUGAAGCGAAGUGGCAGGAGAGCGCGUGGGCCAAGAAGCGCAGCCAAAAGGAGCGGAGACGACAAUUGACGGAUUUCGAGCGGUUCAAGGUUAUGAGAUUGAGGAAGCAAGCACGUUUCGAGGUCCGAAAGUCGUUGGCCAAGAUCAAGGCUGUGUAGAUGCGGUGAUGGGUUUGGGAUCGCGAGCAUGACUGCAUUGGGUUGCUGGAUUCCUUUGCUUCUCAGGGAGCUUUGUAUCCUACGUCAAAUUUGACAGGCGUCACGAGCAUAUGGACUUCAAAAGACAAUGAAGUGCUUCCUAGAAAUAAUUGCUGUGAUUUUGGGCUGUGAAGGAACUGACUGUGCUCCGAGUGAAGAAAAUGAGUUCAAGAUUUACCCAUCGAUUUUAAUAUCUCACGUAAAUCAAAAUCGUAGCUACAGUCAUUUUCAAAAAUACAG